UUGGAGCUCUUCCAAUGGCGGCGAUCAAAGAAGCAAAGGGUCCGGACUUCUCUGCGCUGCCUGAAGGGUGCAUCGCGAGAGUCGUCUCCCUCACGAGCCCCGCCGAGGCGUGCAGGCUCGCAACCCUGUCGCCGAAUUUCAAGUCGGCGUGCGAUUCCGACGUGGUCUGGGCCUCGUUCUUGCCGCCGGAGUGUCCCCAGACGGUCUCCCGGAGCGUUUCGUCGCUGAAGGAGCUCUACUUCAGCCUCUGCGACGACCCGGUUCUCAUCGGCGAUGGCAAAAUGAGCUAUUCGCUGGACAGGCACAGUGGGAAGAAAUGUAUCAUGCUAUCUGCAAGGGCCCUGUCUAUAACAUGGGGUGAUACUCCGAUUUACUGGUCAUGGACUUGCUUGCCCAACUCCAGGUUCGCAGAAGUGGCUAAGCUCAUCGAUGUCUGUUGGCUUGAAAUUAGAGGCAUGAUUAGUUCUGGCAUGCUGUCGCCCGAAACCCAUUAUGCAGCAUACUUGGUAUUCAAAAUUACCCCAGCAUCUCAUGGAUUUGAAUUCCAGCCUGUUGAGGUGGAAGCUAGAUUUGCUGGUGAUGAAGCGGGCAAGCGUGAGCACUCAGUUUACUUAUCUAGAGAGAACAACAACACGCAUGGAUGGCAGUCCUGGCGGAGAUUCAGGCAUGCUGGCGGGUCACUGAUGCUUGCACCUGCCGAGGGGAGUGGGAACUAUCCUAAAGAGAGACGAGAUGGUUGGUCAGAGAUAGAGUUAGGUGAGUUCUUGACGAAGGAAGGACAAGAUGGGGAGGUUGAAAUGAGUGUCAUGGAGACAAAGGGGGGUAACUGGAAGGCCGGGCUGGUUGUGGAAGGAAUUGAAAUUAGGCCCAAGGAUGGGAAAUAAAAGCGCCUUUAUGCAGGGCAUGUUUUCUUGCUAUUGCACUAGAAGAAUUUCCUUGCAUCAGGCCUCUUACAUUGUGGCCAAGGGUGACACCUAUUCCCCCUUAGUCAAUGAUACAUUCCAAGCCUGUCCUCUUGCCAGGCUCUACUUGAUCAGAACUACCAUACAAAUGAGGAUUUUGUUGUAGUUGCACAGCUAAUGGUUCCACUAAGAUACACAUGCCCAGGUACCAACGAGAGAGCUAAUGGGGUUAAAUUUUUGCUUACAUAUUUGGUGACACUGGGCAAUUCUGGGAAUUGAAUUACAGAAAGCUUUGGUGUCACUAUGCAAAGUGUUAUGGAGCAAAUACAAUGACGGAACCCGAUCUAAUAUAACCUUUAUCAAACAUUCUCAUUCCCCUCACUUGUGCAGAAGAUUCCAAGAGUAACUUCUGCUAUUGUCCCAGUGGAUAUGCCGAAGGUAGGCCAGGAAAUUACCUCAAUUGCAUGCCUGACCGGAAGAAGUUCCCUUUCAGGCUUGUUCUCGUGAUAGGUAGUCAUCAAAUCUAUCUUCUAAUUCUGUCCAGCAACACUUCCUGUCUGAUUGGAAGAGGCAGUUAGAAAAACAAUGCAUCCAAUACUAAAGAAAAAACUCGAGCGAGAAAUUAUUCUAAUUGCUUACAUGCGUUUUGCAAUUUGCACACCACUCUUAGGACUGUUGCACUAUCUUUAUACUCAUUUACACCAAGCCUGUUUGCUCUCCGCAUCUGAUCUGUUAGGCACCUUCUUGUCUAGCUCCAAUCCUCUAUUUGAUGCACUUGAUCUCUCUGAUUCUUCCUAGCUUAUAGAUUGAAAUACAACACGUGAAUCUCAUUUGCUGUCUAUUUGUGCUGUGACUUCAUGCACUUCUUCAAUUGCAACAUGACAUUAUUAAGUCCAUGGUUUAUUCUCUCCUAAGCUAUGUUUUGUGAUUGAAUGUUGUCACGACUAGCGAUGUUGCAUUGAUGUGACAGUACAGCUUUAGGAUUGGCAAAGUGACAAAGCAGGCAGCAAAUUUUAUAUACGGAUGGCUUCUUGUGAAUUUUCUCCCAGAGAAAAGUAAUGUAGAAGAGAGUUAUUAUCUACUUCAAAAAAUACAUAGGUUGACUUGGGAGAGUAUGUAGCAUUCUGAAAUGCUCCAUAUUUAGGAAUUGUGAAAUUGGAUUGGUCAUGUCAGGCAAAUUGUUUGGAGAAUUUUGACUAGACGAAACUAGAAUGUGUUAACUCACAGUUUUCUUAUAGACUUAUUGUUUGCUUUAGAUGCUGCCAUUGGUAUUGGAUUCUUGUGUCUUUUGCAUUUCAGCUAUUGCCUAUGUCUUUCGCAUUUCAGCUAUUGCCUAUACAGAUAUCUAAGGAAGCAAAGAGACAGAAUUGUCAAGGAGAAACUGUUCAAGCAUAAUGGUGGUUUGCUGUUGCAACAGAAUUUCUCACUUUAUGGAAGAGACAGAAGAGAAACAAUAUUUUCCGAAGAAGAUCUGCAAAGCACGAAAAAUAACUAUAGCCGGACCAGUUUCUUGGUCAAGGAGGGUUCAGCACAUUUUACAAAGGGAUGCUACCAGAUCGUACCAUAGUUGCUAUGAAGAAGUCAAAGACCAUCAGCAGGGGCCAA